AAAUAAGUAAAACAACAACAACACCAAGUUUAACGCAAAAACCGUUAAACUUAGUAACUAAACUCCCUCAACGGCUGAGCUGAUGACAAUCUAAUCGUACUUGUGAAAACUGUAAAUGUUUUGUUCGCGAGUGUUUAACAGUUUGUUGUUGGUGAGGGGCAGCAAUUAGAAAACCAUUAACUGGAAUUAAAUUCCAUCAGAGGUGACGAGCGGAAGCGUAUUGUCGUUGUUGUUUUUGCUGCUCUGCUAUCUUGCCGUCUUUUCUUCUUCGCGAUCGGUAGCGGUCUUUUGUGUUGAAUGCGCGUUGUUUAACGUUACGAAAAUUGUGUAGUUGUUGUAGUCGGCAUCUAAUUGAAGGUGCGAGCAUCCUUGAGGUGCAAACCAGUGACAAGUGUACGCAGCGCAAAUAAAUACACGUUCAUACACAAAAUUAAUACAAACAAAAAAGUCGUAGUCAAGAAAAUCGAUUUUAUAGUUUUAAUUGCGCGUAAAAAUCGAAAAAAAAUCGUAAAAAAAAAUACUGCUGACUUUAUUGUGGAUAGCGGAAACGAAUUGGAUAACAUUGUUGCAUAAUUUUUGUGUUGACUAAAAACAGACGACGAGGGAAAAAUAACUACGGAGCUAUGAUGGGAUUUAAAAGCAUAACCUGGACGUGCAUUGUUGCAAUACUCAUAGCGUUGGCCACUUGCAUUCUGGGACAAGCGCAGCUGGACUAUCGCAAGCCAUGGCCAACUUACAGCCUGCAAAAUAUGCCGCAGACGCGAUUCACAUGCCACGACAAGAUACUCGGCGGCUACUAUGCAGAUGCGGAGACUCAAUGUCAGAUGUUCCAUGUGUGCGUCAAAGUGGCUGGAGUGGGGGUUCAGGACUUCCGCUUCUUGUGUCCCAAUGGCACUGCUUUUGAUCAGGAGGCGCAAAUAUGUGCUGAUUGGGGUGACGUCGAUUGCGAGUCCUCUGUGCUCUAUUACGGUAGCGACAACUUUGAUCUCUACCGCUUAGGUUCCGGAUUCGAAAGUAAACGCGCGCCACUUGCUGAGGAGGAAGAAGCCACAUUCCAUUUACAGCGUGCAGAAAGUGGCGAUAUCCGACGUUCAAAGGAGACACGCAUAGAUCAAAAGUCACGCCCCGAUCAACCGCCAAACUAUUCAAAACAUUUUGGCGCAACACAGCAACGCAACACUUUCCACAAUAAUUAUGCGAAUUCAAAUGCCAACAAUAAUGAAUAUCAAAAUCAGCCAGCACAGGCAAAGAAGAUUGAAACGACACCAGCGCGCCGACCCAUUGUUAAUUAUUAUACACCAACUUCAUCUACAACAACACCAACAACAACAACAACGUCCACAACCACGGAACGCUAUUUUGAUGAGUCAAAACAAGAGUACGACGACAUCUUUAAAGGUUCCCAUAGUUCGCAUUUCUUUGCGAAUCGCAAUGGUGGGCGUGAGGAUGAUUUCAUUGAUCAUCCAGUGAAGACGAAAUUCAACGAUUUCAUUGACUACAACAAGAAGACCACAGCUGAAAUAUCCACUACCGGCAAAACACGCGCGCAACCAACACGCCCGAAGCGUAUUCAGCAACCUAGCACAACAACUAGCAGCACAACAACAUCAACAUCUGCCGUCACCAACGCACCCAAAACUACAAAGAAGGUCACACUGCAGACCUAUUACAACAUCAGUUCCUAUGAUGUUACGCAACAAAAGCCCAACACCUCUCCAUCGCCAGCCGCAGUCGCACCCGCAAUAUCUACAUCAACAGCGACCUCUACUGUCCGCCCUACUUACAACAUCCCCAACCGUUUCAGCUUCAGCUCGAUCGACUACCAAACUCAAGAGAAAAUUGAGCCUACUACGUACAACCCAUCCAGCAGCAUUUAUCGUAUUAAGAGCACGACACCAAAGUACACCGAGCUGAAUCGCGAUAAUGGCGGAAGCGCGAGAGGGCGAAGCCCGAGCCCAAAUACAUACCUGCCUAAUGAGUCGACGAAGAGCCACAAUAAACCCACUGCCACAGCGCGUAAGUCGCAAAAAUUGGAACGCACACAACAAAAGUUAGCUGCACGCAACGCCUCUUCCGCCGCCAUUUUGAAUGAAUUCGACGACUUUCCGAAGAUAAAACUGCAGCAGCCGCAGCCAUUCCAACCUACUCUAACCCUGCAGCCGUCACAGGCAACACAACCGUCACACCGUCCAACAUCAGUUGGUCAGUAUCAAGAGCCACAAUUUUACCGCUCACGCGGCUCAACGGCCGAAAAGUCGCUACGACAUGGUAAUCAAGAGCCAGCGCCUUUUAGCGGCCCCCAAAAACAGCGUGGUACUACUAGCCCAACUGCCGCUGUUAGCACGGCGAAGUCUACGACGAAUCCUGAGACGCGCCCACGUGGUUUCGCCAGUCGCGGCAGCAUCAACUACAAGGCAACGACGCAACGUGAGACAGACUACUAUGCGCCAACUACCAGCACCACUAAGAAAUUCUCCACGCUUGUGCCGAAAUCACAACAGUCGAUUACACCGACCACUUUCAAGCCCACCACCUAUCAAAAGCCUUUGGACACAUACUAUUAUCAAACACAACAAACUGCGCGGCCGUCCAGCAAGACGACCAAGCAGCCUAGCAUCGCAAUCAAUAAUUUGACGCCCUCUACCGCCAAUCCGUACAUCGAUCCCGAUGAGGAUGAUGGUCAAUACCAUCCGGAGUUAUAUGAGAUCGACUUUCCACGUAAUCGCUUCAAUCUACAACGCUCCUCUACAUCAACGUCUACCACAACAAAAACCACAACAACGGCGCGUCCACAUAGUUACAAUAAUGAUUUUCAGAAUCCACAAAAGCACUUGAAAACUCAACAGCAAACUGCGUUCCGUAAACAACAGGAGCAAGCGGAACCUGUUGACUUGAGCGAUGAGGAUGAACUUUUCAAGACGGCACAUUCGCUGAAUUUCGGUGCUGCCAGCAUUAAUAAACUGCGCGCAGAUAUCUUUAAAGCGGAGAAGACUUCGCAACAAUACAAUUCACAGUACAGUCCAAAGGUGGAGGUAUCAAGCGCGAGCCCAGCGACAUCAACUGCGUACACGACUACCACGCCCAGCACAACCUUCAAUUACUAUGCCUACUCGUCGACAACUCAGCCGACAACUAAACUCUACUCUUCAAGCAACAGCAUCCCAUCCACUACGGCUGCGCCAUCGACCACAGUGACAACGAGACGUCCAACUACAUUUGCCACAACGCCCUAUACGCUCGUCCACUCGUCCACACCGAAAGUGACCAAGAAGCCGAAGAGCAGCAAGUCUUCGGCAAAGAAGGGAAAGAAAGUUAAAGGCGCCUCAAAACGUCCACCACACGCUGAUGAGGAUACCAGCUACGAUUAUGCCUACUACGAUACGGACACGCUGAGCGAGUCACCGCAGGAAUAUCCCGAGUACGAGAUUGCUGAGUUCGUAAAAACGCGCAGGAACUGAAAAAGUGUUCAGAGCGUUCAGAGAAUUUACACAAACACCAACAAAUAUACUUCAUAGUCGCGCCAUUAAUUUUCAAUACCCCAGUGUCAUUAAGCACAAACAGCUAAAGCGUGGAACCGUCACACAACUUUACUGCUGACUUAAAUGUAAUAAAAAUUUCAAAAUCCUUGAAAAUAGUAAGGCUUGAAGUCGGUGCCAGUGCCAGAGUUUUUAAGUGUCACAUAAACUUCAUCAACCCACUGUCUUUAUACUACUCCCCACUGCUCAUUGAACGAUUAUCUUUUUUUUUGUACCCAAUCAAAUAUUUUGUAAUAUAAUUAUUUUAUUUUGCGUGUUUCUAGUUAUUUUUGAAAUAAUUUAAAAGAAAAAUACGCGAUAACUGCCGCAGUUCAUAGUCCUUAGACAAAUACUCAACAUUUUAAGUUAAAAGUUUUUGAGCAUUAUGAAGGUGAAAAUGUUUAUUACGGUUUAUUUUUGAAAAAAUACGCAAUUUUAAUUUCUCUCUUUUUAAUUUUUUUUUGAACUAAAUGUAUUUUUA